AAGCAGAUGCCAUGACUCAUGAAAAAGGGGGUCCAGAGUCCAGACACUCUCACCGGCCUUACAGCGGCCUAAGUGCCUAUGAGCCACCGUGGUUCAGGCCAAGUCAUCUGGCUAAUGUGUGACGACGACAUCCAGAUACCUCAGCUUCAAGUUGCGGAUUGCGCUGAAAUUCUCCCCAGCUCGCUUGCUCCUCGGGUUCCGAAGGGAAGGAGAGGUUUUCUACCUGGAGGGUCCACAUGCACUGCACCAUCCCGUCACGUGACGCCGCCGGUGUCAUUGGCAGGGAGUGCCAGGUUACAAGUUGAAACUCUGCUUCAAGCAAGGAGGAUUCUCAUGUAUCUGGCCGAUGUGUCAGCAGCACUACUAGAAGCACUAUCCCAAAAUUUGGGAGCAGAAAGUACAGGCUACACACCAAGGUACAGAGUAGGUACGUCAGUCACUGAGUAGCCUUGGUAUAAAGACCGACUAUAGGCCAUAUUUUUUUGUAGUAGCACGUGCAGUACCAACUGAAGCAGCUCAGGUUGAAAAUUCAAGCUGGCAGGCCUUCCGAAGGUUUGGUCAGACUCGUAAUCUGCUGGUCACCUGGGCUGCUGGGCUGACAGGCAAUCCUGAAAGGUGCCUGAAUGACUGUUCAGGGCGUCAAGUUCAAGUUGUGGGUCAGUUUUGGGCUCUCAUUUUUCCAUCAAGUUGACGUUGUGCAUGCAUUGAGAGUGGUUUUCGGCCAUGCCAACUUGCCAAGCAGUGCUUGCCAGAAGCCUCAAGCAGGAAGGUGUACAAGCCUUCAAGGCCACACUGAACAGCCACAUGCGGUGGUUCCAAAAUCCAGUUCCCGAGCCCCGUGCUUGUACUGUUACUGCUACUACUACUCGUAGUAGGCUACUACCCAUAACGAGUAGGCUACUCAGCCCAUCACCCUCGCUCGCUCCUCUGUUAAGCACUCCCAUCCCGGCACAAGCUGCUGUUAGCUACAAGUAAAAGAUCGCGCCCCCCGAGCAAACUUCCCACCCACGAGGUGAUGUUUGAUCGAGACUUCUAAGACAACUCCGAGCCAGAGAAUCGGAAGAGAAGAAUCACUACCUCCCGGAGGCGUCAAGUCACUCCAGAAAUUUGUGUGUCAAGUCUAUGCGGAUGUGAUUGCGACGAUUUUCGAAGCCCCGCCUCAAGAAUCGACUCGCUUGGAUUCCGAGAAUGGUGGCGAAAUCCAGACACAUGGGCCACCUCUGGACUGCGGAGGAAGAUCGCACUUUGCUGCUCCAUGUGGCAACGCACGGCACGAGGCAGUGGCGGGCCAUUGCCAGGGGGGGGCUGCUGCCAGGGCGAGACAGCAAGGCAUGCUGCAACCGAUUCAUCGUGUUGAAAAGGAAAUUCUACAAACACCAAAGGCAAAGCUUUCCGUCUGAACCAGCUACGCAGGCAGAAUGCACGAAUACACACAUCACUUUGACUAGGGCGGACUUUGUUGAAGCUGAAACAUUUCCUUCAGAUCACUGUGGUGAGACGCCGGGCGGCGCACACCGUGUGGAGGCCAAUGAUCACAUGCACUAUGGUGACUUGAGUGACACCAUCGCAUGUGGUGGCAUGCAGCCUGUUGGGCUACCAUGCCUGCUGCCACAGAACGGCAUGCAUCGUGAUGAGACCACUUGCAAAAGCUGGAAGCCAACAUUCAUCCCGACUCAGCCCACUUGCGCAAGCUGGAAGCAUCCUAUGCCAGUCAACGGAGGUUAAUGCCCGUCUCUCUUCUAUGCAGCUCGUAGCGUUGCCACCACCCAUGCCAAUUUCGGUGUUUCAGCAUGAAGUCACGUCCUUGUCUUCACAACCAACAACAGGAGCAGCAGCAGCAGCAGCAGCAGCAGCAGCAGCAUUAGCAGCAGCAGCAGCAGCAGCAGCAGCAGCAGCAGCAGCAGCAGCAGCAGCAGCAGCAGCAGCAGCAGCAGCAGCAGCAGCAGCAGCAGCAGCAGAAGCACUACCACCACCACCAGCGGCAGCACCAGCAGCAGCACCAGAAGCAGCACCAGCAGCAGCGGCAGCAGCAGCAGCACCAGAUCAAGCACCAGCAGCAGCAGGACCAGCAGCAAGAGUGCCAGGCUGCUGUGUUACAGCAGCCUGUGGGUCUCACAUCAAUGGUCACCUUUUUCAACUAUGGGAAGCGGUGACUCCUCUUCCUGCACUCCCCUCCCUGCAAACGAACGCGCCACAUUCCCCAAGCUACUGGUCCUUCCCCACACAAGUCCCACCGCUUGCGCUUGGAGCUGCUGCUGGUGGUGAGGGUGGAGCCACCGCAAGAGGCGUGAGCAAGGAAUUAAUUGUGUCGACUCAAAAUACACCUGGACAAGUCCCACUGCUUGCGUUUGGAGCUGCUGGCGGUGGGAAAACGGGAAUCACUGCAACAGGUGUGAGGAAGGAAGCCAGGUGGAAUGUGAACGCAGGCAGAGGGGAUGGCAUUGACAAGCGCAUGGACAAGCGCAUCGGCAAGCGCAUGGAUAAGGGCAUGGAUGAGGGCAUGGAUGAGGGCAUGGAUGAGGGCAUGAGCAGCCACUGUGCAGCUCAAUGCUAUGACGGAUUGAAUUUCAGCAGUAGCCAAGGUGGCAAGCAAUUCUGGCCUGCUUCUGAGUUACACCUCAACCUCAGCAAGCCCGUGAAAGCAGGCUGCGAGGAAAGCUGGCUUUCUGCUGAUAUUUGCACGCUGCGGCAGCAGCAGCAGCAGCAGCAGCAGCUAAACGGCAACCUUAGCAGCCCCAAGGGAUUAGAGCCUGGCGUCUUGACGUAUGGUGAUCUGCGGCCAGAUGCGCUUUUUGAAGCCAUGUGUGGGGGGGCUGCUCUCUCAGAGCAUUUUCUUGUCUGAUGCUUACUUUCUUUAGUUGUUGGUGUGUAUGCGUGUGUACAUAUUUUUCUAGUUGUUUUAUAAGUUGCACUU